AUGGCAUUAACUUCACUCGCAUCAACCUCGGUAGUACACUACUCCACUCUGCCUGCUGUUCUCGGCCGGGCUUCAUUUCCGGCCUCGACGUCCACACGCCCCUGCCCCCACCCCAUCUACAUCGAACCUCGCAAUCAUCUUGGAUUUCACUUCUUACUCUCUCGCAACGUCAACGUCGUCGCCAUCAAGCAACAGCAACAGCUCGUCGAUCCGGGAUCAACAUUCAACUGUUUGGUCGAAUACAACAUUCUUCUCUUCUUCAUUUCUCCUCUCUCUCUUUCUUACUCAUCACGUUUCCUCUUCCUCGUAUCUCUCGUCUUCUCUUUCUUCCCUUUCCCUCGCUAUCUCCUCUCUCCGUAUCGUUUCCUCCACUGUCUCCACUAUCACAUCGCUUCCUCUCUAUCGCACAAUCCCAGUUUUCCUUCUCCCUUCCUCCCUUCUAUCCUAUCUCAUCCCUUUCCUCUAUCAUCAAUCACCCAUGUCGUCCCUCUCCUCCCUAUCCCUGGCUUAUCGCGAAGGGCUUGCGCGUUCCAAGUCCCCAAAGAGAAGAAAGCAGUAAAUACUCCCUAA